AUGGUCUGGGCGCCAUACAACGUUCCCUUGAAUGCUUUCGGCGACAGGCAAAGAAGUUCCAGUGAUCCUCAACGCCCUUACAGACCUGUCUUUUAUCCGCAUCCUCCUUCCAUGCUCACACGACCAUCCUUGUCGUUGGACAAUCAUCUUUCAUAUAACCCUCUCCAGCAUAGCGCCGCGCCGAUUCACCCCAGCUACCCCAUGACGCUUGCACCGCAUCAUCUAGAGCGCAAUCCUUUCGAUCAGAUACCCACACAGUAUCCUUCGUUCGAGAUCAACGGACUUAAUGAGCCCACCACAGUGGGCGGUCAUGUCAGUUCCGAAUAUAGUACUACAUGCAACACGCCUUCUGCAUCCACACCGUCUAUGCAAGAGGCCCCUCGGCCACGCGCUAGCGACUACGAGGUCCACACCCCUGGUGAAGGUGGUCGAACACACAGGCCCAAAGUCGAGAAUCUCCAUGGCUCCUAUCAAUGUGAAUGGAAAGACUGCACAUACCGCGGCUCUUUCUCUCGCAAGGGCGUUUUAAUGCGCCACAUAGAGACGCAGCAUGUUUCACCGCGCUCCUUCAACUGCCAUAUCUGUGAUAGGCGUUUCAGUCGAAAGGAUAAUAUGGUCGAACACUUGGGAAGGGUUCACUUGGAGCGAGUCUGA